AGACGCUAGCAGAUAAUAAACGAACGCUGGACAAAGCAAACUCUCAAAAGAUAACAGAGGGGGGUCUCAAGAAGAGGAAGGCAAUGGAAGGAGAUGACAAAGAUGGGACACAGCAGACCCAGCCAAAAGAGGGAAAGGGAAUAACAGUUGCUGAUUCUCUCGAGGACGGGAACAAAGCAAGCAGUGAAGGGUCGCAGGGAACAGCUGGGGACGGUUCAUCUGAGCCCCAGUCCGAGUCCCAGCGUUCUCUUCACUGGUUGAGGGAAUAUAUCGAGAAGGCCAAGAGGGAGAGAGAGCAUGCGUUUGACAUCAGAGCAGCCUGUCUUAAGCACAUCGAGAGACCCCAGAAAAAUGGGAAGAGCGGGACAAUUGCUGGUAUUGAGAGGUCAAAAAAUCAGUACGAUGCAUUGAAGAAAGAAAAGGCAGAGGAGUUUUCGGAAUACACUGCUUUCAGAUAUGCAGAGAAAAAGAGGGCAAGAGAACAAGGGGUAGCUGACAAAGACAAGACAGUACUCAACAACGAAGACCACUUUCAGGAUUUGCGCCCAAAAAAAUGGAAGACAGGAAAAAAUCAGAAGAAAAAGGAACCAAAUUCAUACCAAACAGAAGCAGAAGAGGAAUCAGCACGCUCACUGCUGGAAAAAGAAGUGGCUGUGGUGGUGGCCCAGACAGAAAAAUUAAUAAAACGGAACGCAGAGUACACACCUGAGUUCACGACCAUUCAGCACAUCGCCAACGGGGAGGCACCACAUGUGGUGGCCUCAGCCAAAUCGGCACGACUGACAUUGAUGGACACCCAUCCUUUGAUUGCGGCCAGAUACGUACACAAAGAGGGAGAAUGGCAGAUCGCCACAGAUGUGUCCUUCACAAUCCCAAGGAUUGAGGAAGGACAGAACGUUGCCAACAUACUUCAGGAAAAGGUAACAGAGGGGUACCCACUUGGCAUGUACGAAACAGUUGCGCUGGAUGAUGGUCAGGAGGACAGUUCGUCCCAAGCAGGCCAAGAGGACCUGCAGGACCAUCAGAUGGACACAGAGAGACACUCCCCUCGCGCUUUCUCCCCGUUGAUCGCUAAAAUGUCAGAGGAAACCAAACUGAUGUGGAGACCAUGGAGAACAGUCACAGCGAUUCCUUACAGCGUGUUGGCGGGACCCGGCAUUCCAACGGAACUGCUGGCGGUCUCGGUGGCACAACUCUUGACUCGUGAGAUUCUGGAGGGAGACUGCAACCUGGACUCCAAGGCUUUUGCUAUCGAUUUGGACAGGUACUACAGAAGUGAUUGCUUUGAGGGUGAGUUGGAGGACUGGAAAGACGAGGAAGCGGGAGCAGGUUCUGAUCCGGUCCUCGGCACGGGACAGGGAACGGGACAGGGAACCAGCGGAAGUAUAGGGGAAUAUAAGAUGGAUGACUCUAUCACCACACCGCUUCAGGACGCGCCAGGGGAGGCCUCGACGGAAAUGGAUGUGAGCGACCAGCCCCCCUCCUAGGAUGUUUUCGCCAUGACAGCAUCCAUCCCCUUCUCUCAUUGCCUCAAUGAUGGACAAUUUUAUAAAAGGGGCAAACGCAAGACAAGAUCGGGUGGAUUGGAAGACACAAGGGAUAGUUAUUAGGAGCUGGAAUGUCAAUGGGCUUGGAAAUAUAAUUGACAAAGAAGAAAAAAUGAAUGAUAUAAUUAAAGGACUUACCGUGCACACUAAUAAAUUGGCAGACAUCAU